AUGGAUGCCUCACAGCUGUUCUUCCUCUUGCUGGUCUACGGACAUCUGCCAAAAGUGUUAUCGAUGCAGAUGUGUGACGUGGUGAACGAGAUCGAGCUGGAGAGAUCGCGCUGCGAGGAUACCUCAUUUGGGAACGUCUCUUCAGGGUGCCAAGGCAUGUGGGACAUCAUCGCCUGUUGGCCUUCUGCCGGAGUCGGAGAGGUGGUUACAAUAACUUGCCCCACUUACUUCAGUUACUUCAGUGACGAGCACAAAGGUAACCUCUCCAAAACCUGCACAGCUGACGGCUGGACUGAAAUGCAUCCCAUUGAUAUCGCCGUAAACUGUGGAUACAAUCUCAACAGCACCAGCGAUGAUGGCAAGUUUUUCUGGCAAGUGAAGAUUGGCUACACCAUUGGCCACAGUGUUUCCCUCAUAUCUCUCACCACAGCUAUUGUGAUCCUCUGCAUCUUCAGGAAGCUCCACUGCACGAGGAACUACAUCCACAUGCACCUGUUUGUGUCCUUCAUCCUGAAGGCCAUCGCCGUGUUCGUCAAGGACGUCGUCCUGUACGAGGUCGGCGAGGUGGACAACUGCUCCUCAGGCUCUGUUGGCUGCAAAGUAGUGAUUGUGUUCUUCCAGUACUGCAUCAUGGCCAGUUUCUUCUGGCUGCUGGUGGAAGGCCUUUAUCUUCACGCAUUGUUGGCUGUCUCUUUCUUCUCCGAGAGGAAGUACUUCUGGGCUUACAUUCUGAUUGGCUGGGGUGGUCCGACAAUUUUCAUCACAGCUUGGAGCAUCACUAAAGCCUACUUUAACGAUGUGGGGUGCUGGGAUAUAAUCGAGAACACUGAUGUGUUCUGGUGGAUCAUUAAAACUCCUAUUUUGGCAUCCAUCCUGAUGAACUUUAUUCUAUUCAUCUGCAUCAUACGAAUACUUCGCCAGAAGAUCAACUGCCCAGAUAUUGGAAGAAAUGAGUCCAACCAGUACUCGAGGCUGGCAAAGUCAACGCUGCUUUUGAUUCCUCUGUUUGGGAUAAAUUUUAUUGUGUUUGCAUUCAUCCCAGAGCAAAUGAAGACUGAGCUGCGACUGGUUUUUGACUUGAUUCUGGGGUCAUUUCAGGGCUUUGUAGUCGCAGUCCUUUACUGCUUCCUCAACGGAGAGGUCCAAGGAGAGAUCAGGAGGAAGUGGAGAAGGUGGCACCUGCAGAGAUACAUGGGCUCGGACACCAAAUACCAACAUCCGUCUAUUGGCAACAGCAACAACUUCAGCACCCAGAUCACCAUGUUGACACGAUGCAGCCCCAAAACACGCCGGGGCUCAUCCUCCUGUAACGAUGACCUAUCUAGCAUAUGA